GCCUGUAUUUGUCUCUAUUGUGAUUGUGGCUGAAAUUUCCCAGGCCCUGAACGGAUGACGGAAAGUUUGCGUCGGCCAACUGAAAUCCUCAAACCUCCCUCAAGGUCAGUGUUCAUGCCCUUGCUGCCCAUAUUUUCGUCGUCGCCAGUACUGGAUAGUCUAUCAUCUAUGAAUCUGUCGUUUGAGAUAGCAAAAACGGAGUUUUCAUGAUGGAUGGGACGGAUUCCGACCAGAUGACGAUGGGACUGUAUUUGAAGACGGAACGCUGAUUCUGGUUUUUACUUAGAAAACAAUGCCGACACACUUGUCGAAGACUCGCAAGCACCGUGGACACGUUUCGGCCGGUCAUGGACGUGUAGGAAAGCACCGCAAGCAUCCCGGAGGUCGUGGUUUGGCUGGUGGUGCUCACCACCACAGGACUAACUUUGAUAAAUACCAUCCUGGUUACUUCGGUAAGGUUGGUAUGCGCCACUACCACCUUACACGCAAUCAGUUCUGGCGACCAAUCAUCAACGUCGACAAACUGUGGAGUUUGGUACCUGCUGAGGAGAAGAAAGGUCUGACAGAGAACUCGGAGGUGGUUCCCGUUAUUGACACUCUGCGACAUGGAUACGGCAAGGUUUUGGGCAACGGACAACUGCCCAAGGUGCCAUUCAUCGUAAAAGCCCGCUUUGUGUCGGCAAUCGCAGAGCGAAAAAUCAAGGAGGCUGGCGGCGUCGUUUCAUUGAUAGCAUGAGUUCCAGAGCCUCUGUACUCUUCAUUUCUGCCAUUCUAUGUCCUAUAUCCAUGACAUGAAUUAAGUCCAUGCAUUCGAUGAAUAUCUGUUCCAGACAAGCCCAGCCAACAGUCAUGGAAUUGUUCAAACUUCGAUCGAAGUCCUCCUUCACCCUGAAUCAAUAUAUUUUGCAAGCAAACUGAUUCUACCUGGCUCCGUUCCUCAGUGUCGCC